UACCAGCUCUAAUGCGAAUAACAAUAAAGAAAUUAUUUUGUUUAAGCAAAUAUUGAAAAAAAAAUUAGUAGUUGGUGUAGCAAGUAAAUUAAUCAGCGCAGAAGUUAACAAGCAUGCCAGCCAUAGAAGAGGCGCAGAUAACAAAAUAUUUAGCUAAGUAUAAGAAUGUGAGUGCAACACGCAAAGAUGUUAUAGAUGUGGUUACCACAUAUCGCAGUUUAUCUUAUGAUUUGCAGACAUUUGUUUUUAAUGAUGGCAGCAAAAAGGAUUUGUUUCAGCUGCAGGGCACCAUUCCGGUGGUGUACAAAAACAAUACGUACUACAUUCCCAUUUGCAUCUGGCUAAUGGACACUCAUCCUCAAAAUGCGCCUAUGUGCUUUGUCAGACCCACACCAACAAUGCAAAUCAAGGUAUCCAUGUAUGUGGAUCACAAUGGCAAAAUAUACCUACCUUAUCUGCAUGAUUGGCAACCGCAGAGCUCGGAUUUGUUAUCACUCAUACAGGUCAUGAUUGUAACCUUUGGCGAUCAUCCACCAGUGUAUUCAAAGCCCAAAGAAGCAACACCGGCACCAUAUCCUGCCAGCAAUUAUAUGCCUCAACCAGGGGGCGCUGCUGGCAAUAGCUAUUUGCCUUAUCCUAGCGGUGCAGGCGCUGGUAAUUUUCCACCUUAUCCUGCUGCUGGUGGUGGUAACUUUCCACCAUAUCCUACCGCGGGACCAGCAGGUAAUGUGGGUGGUGGUGGCAGUUAUCCACCGUAUUAUCCACAACCAGGUGGUUAUCCCGGCAGCACUGGUGGCUAUAAUCCUGCUGGUGCUGGGUCUGUCAGCUCAACGGGUACGAUCACAGAGGAGCACAUAAAGGCCUCGCUGAUUAGCGCUGUGGAGGAUAAGCUCCGCCGUCGUAUACAGGAGAAGGUUAAUCAGUAUCAAGCUGAGAUUGAGACGCUGAAUCGGACCAAGCAAGAGCUGGUGGAAGGCAGCGCUAAAAUUGACGCCAUCAUCACACGCUUAGAGCGCGAGCAAACUGAGCUGCAGAAAAACAUUGGUGUGCUAAAGGAUAAGGAGCAGGAAUUGCAGGAAAGUUUGGACUCGCUAGAAAACGCCGAAGCCAUUGAUCCCGAUGAAGCAGUGACCACUACGGCGCCUUUGUACAGACAAUUGCUUAAUGCAUAUGCUGAUGAGGCGGCCACAGAGGAUGCCAUUUAUUACCUUGGCGAGGGUCUGCGUGGCGGUGUCAUUGAUCUGGAAACCUUCUUGAAGCAUGUUCGCACACUCUCACGCAAACAGUUCAUCUUACGCGCCACCAUGCAAAAGUGUAGACAGAAAGCUGGAUUGGCUGGCUAGUUGACAUUAUUAUCCCUAAUAUGUUAGCAACAUAUACUUAUAUGGAAAAAUAUUCACCGCUGGUUUUUAUAUAAGU